UGUUUUCUUUCUUUAUUUGUGAACAUGAUGUCUGAUUCAGACAGUCCGGCAAUCCUGUCCUAUCACAACACGCUGCUGCUGAGGAGCGACCUGGAUCUGCUGAGCGCUGGAGAGUGGCUCAACGACCGUCUCAUUGGCUUUGCAUUCGAAUACCUCGAAUUUCAAGUCCUCCCAAGCGCAAGCUCAGCCUGCAGCGGUCAAGCGUCACCGGACCUCGCAUCGAGAAUUCUGCUUGUUGGCCCAGACGUUGCCUUCUUGUUGGCAAACAUGGAUCCCGACCAGGCGGCGGGAAUACUGGCGUCGCUGGACGCUCCAUCGCGGGAGCUCGUUCUGCUGCCAGUGAAUAACAAUCGCAACGUCGAAGCUGCCGGAGGAUCACAUUGGAGUUUGCUUGUGGUGGAUUGCUCGAGCCAACGCUUGUUCCACAUCGACUCUGCCGAAGGAUCGAACAUGUCAUCGGCAAAAUCACUUGCGCGGAUACUGAGAUCUGUUCUUGGAAUCUCUGCGAAAGUACCUGUUCGCGCAAUGCCGUGUCCUCAGCAGCAUAAUUGUACGCCUUUCGACCGCUGCGUCUUUGUCUUGUUGAAUGCUGCGUCCAAGUUUUGCUAA